CUCUCACCAACCACCAAACCUCGACCUGAAGCUUCAACGAUAAUCGUAUCCCCAUGUUACGGCACAUCUCUUGGGCACGAUAAAGAAUUUCCUCGUCGGCUAUGGCUAAUUGGAGCGGGAGAAUAUGUCACCACCGCUGCCCCUUCCCUCAAAGGCGGCUGUUCGUGCCCUACGCAGCAUUGCCCUAGGAACGUCGUGUGCGAUCGGCGCGAUACUCGAAGACCGAAGACGGCGAAUAAGUACACUGAAGACAGCAGUUGCGAACAAAGAAAAGCUCAAGUCAUCGAGACACUAUCAUCAAUACAGCCUAGAGCAACCAGAGCAACCGUUAUGGUCGCUAGACGAUGCUUCCUUGGUCGGCCCGAGCAUGCAAUGGUCCGAAUUGGAGAGCUAUAGGUCUGGGAAGCAUUACAAAGUCGAGACAACCGACCUAGAAGAUGCAGUUACUGGCGGUAUUGAAACUCGAGACCCGGUACAUGAUGAAAACAUCGGAGGAUAUAUACAACUACCUCAGCCGACACCAUCACCGUCAUUGCCGCCGCCGCCUGCUUCUCAACAACUAUUUCCCCCGAACCGUCGGCCUCAGUACUCAGUGGCUCGCCAGUCAACACAUGAUAACCUGGUCUGUAGUGCGGUGCGUGCUUCUUCGCCGAGUCCAACAAGUGAAGUACAGAAGGACCGAAACGACCCCUUGCCAUCGAUCGAGAAUCUUUUGGUGCGCCCAGAUAGUGGUAAACUGGAUCGAGCUGUUUCGUUAUUCUUAUUGAGUUAUCCCAAAUUCGCCUCUGGCCCUCAACGCGAUGCGUGGCUAGCGCUUUCAGUCCGUCUUUCACAGGAAUGUGAAUCAUGGAAUCGAUGGGAAGAUUCCAGCCGGCUGUUAGCUGUUGUCAUCAAGCUCGACUCGCUAACGGAAGCCCAAUAUUUGGCCUACAAUCCGGGACCAAUCAUAGAAUUCCUUCUUCGUCCCUCGGACCCUGAUACACUAUGUUCUGAGAAAAACGUAGAUUCAGCAGCCGAAAUAUUUCUAGCGGAGCUUAAAGACAGGCAAGUAAGAUGCGAGGUACAUAUGGAACGCAUCGGCUGGCUUCUGUUACAUGAAUUACUAUCAUCUCGUCAUUUUACUCUCGCCAUACGCGUCUACUGGAGAAUUCUUCGUUGGGCAGAGAACACGGAGCAGUGUGCAAGUUUAGCCAUUCAGACGUUUCAUCAGCACAAUAACCACAAGGCAGUGAUCAAGAUCUUCUUGCUUCAUUACUCACGCUUGGAGCCCGUAAUGGAAUCCUUUGACAAAACUAUGGACUACGUCCUAAAAUCCGUCGAAGGCUUGGAAGGAUUAAGCGCGGACUCGAUAGUGAAUGCUUUGGUGGAAAUGAAAUGUUCCAGACCGGGAAAGCUCCAAUCUCGAUGGAUAGUGCAGUUGCUGCGUGCUUACUGGACUCGCAGUAAGAAUAUUGCCAGCUCACAAAAGGUAUUUGAAGAUGCAGUCUCCCUUGGACUCUUGGACAAAGUGGAUACCCCAGAAGUCGUAUAUCGCAGCAUGGUGGAGAUUGCAGUCCAAGCAGGAGAUGCAGAGGUGGCACAUUGGUAUGCCGACAAAGUUAUACAUGACCACCCCAAUAUAAAGCACGAGAUCACUCUUAAAUUAGUAGUGCUGAAAGCAAUGGCGGGCGACUGGAAUGGGGUGUUGUCAACUUUCCAAGAAGCACGAGCCAGCCAAUCGAUUCAGCCAGAUUCUUACGACAGCGCCUUUACAGUCGUACUGAAGAUAUUUGCUGAGUCAAACUCAGCUAGUGAUACCCAGGAGUUCGUCAUGCUCUUUGUCCGAGAUAUGGGUGUUCGAUUCCACCCCCAUACGGUCACACUUGUGGCUAAAAGGUAUGGGCAAACUCGUGAUAUGAAAGGGUUGUUGGCGUGGCUAGAACUUUGCAGCCAACAUGGCUUUGCUUUAGAUGCCGGUUUCUCCAACUCAGUUUUACAUAGUUGCUGGGCGAAAUGGGAGAUGAGCUUUCCAGAAUUGCGAAUGGUAUAUGCAAAAAUCAAAGCUCUCAACCCACGUAGCAAUGAUGAGGUGACGCGGAGGAUUAUGAGUCAAGCAGCUCAUCGUUCAGGUAAAGGAUUUGCUAAUGUCCGGCCCGGGAAGAUGAUUACGGUCAACAAAUUGGCAUACAUUGGGAGAUGGUCAAAUCAGCGCAAUGUUUUAGAAGCUAUGAAUCAGGAGUUGAUGGAUAGCAAGCCUACAACAGCGGUUAGCAUAUACAAGCGUGCCAGACGCUCCGGCAUGCCCUUUUCUAGCCACUGUCUUAGGCUCGCCGUCUUAGCAGCACUCCAAGCAAAGAACCUUGGCGCCGGCCCUGCUCUCUCUUUGAUUCAAGAUGCACAUGCUCAGGGCCAUGAGGUGGAGCCUGCCGUGGCUGUCUUCCUUAAGCAACAAAUCGGCGCAUUUUUUGGCAGCCCCGAGGACGUGAUUAUUCACAUGCGAAACCUCAUCAGCGGCUUCGAAUCGGCGCAGAUAGCCAUUGCUCCUGCUGUGCUCACUCACAUGGCAACCACGUGUGUCAAGAUCGGUCAGCCCGAGAAAGCUAUAGCACUAUGCCAUAUGGCUAAGAACAGGACUGGGUCAUCGCAUCUAUGCUUUUCCCGACAAAGCUUCAAAGCGCUUGCAAGUGCUUACUUCGAGUUACUAGAUAUUGUAGGGAUGAGCACUCUCAUAGACGACCUGUGCAAGAGCGAGUUUUCGGCUGACAAGUCGGUCUUGUUACAUCUCAAGUCGAUCCGCAGGCUGGCGAACAAGCUAGACGAGAGCCAUGCCAAGGCAGCGCUUUUAAAAGUGAUAGAGGAUGGAGUCCAGCGUCUCACUCAGUCGCGGGCUGAGAUUCGCUCACAAGGAAAGCUGAUAUCACACAGAACCUUGGAGAUAAUAGAUGAUGCAGUUAAUGACCUGCAGGCGCAGCAAGCGGGGAAGAAGACUGCGACACAAAGCUGUACAGUUGCAUAUCAGGCUGAGGAAAUUCCGCCGCCGGGGAUUGUACAGCACGAGGUAGCUGUAGGAUAAGCAUAGAGCGAACGAUUUUAUAUACAAGGCAUCAAACAUGGAUAUACGGAUACAUAGCAUAGAUACCACGAGAAGGCGCUCAUGUUGCAACAAUAGCUAUUAAAAAAAUUAAAAAAAAACUCAUGAAUCAA